CAACGCAAGCCAAUAAUUGUGUUUAAGACCACAAAUGCCCAACACAACCAAACCAAUCCACCAUUCCACCCUCGAGCGACGGCCACCCUUGUGGUGGAUCGAAAAAGGUAGAUUCAACCACGGAUUCUCAUAGACUUUCUCUCUCUCUCUCUCUCUCUUUCUCUCUCUCUCUCAAAUGGAGACCUCUUAUAGGACGACGACGACGAGACCAAACGCUCACCAUCACACCCUCACCCGUAGAAACUCAAUCGCCACGUCGGUUGUCGUCCCGGGAAAGCUCACCCUCCCGCCAAAGCUGCCCCACCACUCCUCCGCCAGCUUCCCCGCCUCCACCGCCGGCUACGGCGGAGGCGGCUCCUCCUCGUCAUCAACUACAUCUUCGUCGCAGUCGUUCCCAGCCGUCGAUUUCGAGCUCAUCUCGAUCAAGCCCCUUUCUUACACCUCGCUCAAGGACCUCCUCCCCUCUCCCGCCGUCCAAUCCCCAACCUCUUCCGCUCCCGCCGCCGCCACUGCCGGUGGUGGGUCCGGGUACGAGAUCUCCAUUCGCAACCGGCUCGUGAAGCAGGCCGCCUGGGCCUACCUCCAGCCCAUGUCCACCUCGCCCGAUUCCUCCCCUGCUGGCCGCCACCUCCUUCACCGCAUCUGGGCCAGAAUCUCCGAUUUUCUCCGGUUUUUCUCUCGGGCCUUCACCCGAGCCUUCGAUCGGGUUCUCCGAGCGGUUCGGAUCGGGAGCUCAAGAUAACAGCAACAGUAAAACGGUAACGGCGCUUGUUACUGUGUCUCUAGAAUCUACAUUUUGUUUCAGUCUGCCGGGUUUUUUUUUUUGUGGUUUCUUUCUCUUCGUGAGUUAGCCAGGCAAUGAUGAGUGUAUAAAUUAGAAACGCCAAGGGGCAAUAUAGUGAUUUACUAAUCUGCAGAGAUGAGAUAUAACAUGGAAAAGAAUUGGUGCAUUGGAUAUUUUGGGGAAAAUUACUUUUUUCAAUAUAACGCCAUUUCUUAUGCCA